AUUUUAAAAAAGUCGCUUUCUUUAUUCUUUAAAGAUCUUUUUCUUUUUUUUCUCGAGUCCCUUUUUUUUGAAUUACUAAAGAUUGAUAAACAUUCAAGGAAAUGGACGCAACCACACUUCUUGUCAAUUCACUUUCAAAUGAUCGUGUCAUACGUGAAGAAGCCACUCGUCAAUUAGAAUUAUUGGCACAAGACAACUACCCUACCUAUGCUGGUUCUUUAUGUCAAAUCCUUGCUAAUGAAAGCGCUGAUGACGCUGCUAGAAUGUCUGCAGGUCUUGCUUUAAAGAAUAGUCUAACAGCAAAGGAUUUUGCUCGUAAAGAAGAAUUCUCUCAGAGAUGGUUGUCCAUGCCUGUUGAUCUUCGUAAUCAAAUCAAGCAAGGUGUACUUCAAGGUUUAGCUUCUCCUAAAAAAUCAGUUGGUAGUAUUGCAGGCCAGGUGAUUGCUGCUAUUGCCGAAAUUGAACUACCUUUGAAUGCUUGGCCAGACCUUAUCUCAACCAUGCUUGCCAAUAUUCAAACAACAGAUUCAACAUUAAAACAAUCUACAUUACAAGCUAUUGGAUAUGUCUGUGAAGCUAUUGAUCCCAAUAUUCUCGUCAACCAAUCCAAUGGUAUUCUCACUGCUAUUGUUCAAGGUGCACGCAGUGAAGAACCAAGUCCAGAGGUUCGUAUGGCAGCUAUCAAUGCUUUGAUCAAUUCACUCGAUUUCAUCAAGGCAAAUUUUGAACGCGAGGGAGAAAGAAACUUCAUUAUGCAAGUUGUCUGUGAGGCAACUCAAAGUGACUAUCCUGAUCUUCAAGUGGUUGCUUUCCAGUGUUUAGUCCGUAUCAUGCAAACUUACUAUGACAAAAUGCGCGUGUAUAUGGAAAAGGCCUUGUUUGGGCUCACCAUCACCGGUAUGAAUAACGAAGAUGAACGUGUUGCAUUACAAGCCAUCGAAUUCUGGUCAACGGUCUGUGAUGAGGAAAUUGAUAUCAAAGAUGACGUAUAUGAAGCUCAGGAAGCAGGAGAACAACCCGAACGCGAGCUCCAUCAUUUUGCUGAAUUGGCGCUUCCCGAGAUUUUACCCAACCUGUUAUGGCUUUUGACGAAACAAGAAGAAGAUUACGAUGAGGAUGAAUGGACAGUGGCUAUGGCUGCUGCCACCUGUCUUUCUUUACUCGCUCAAUGUGUUGGUAACCUUGUGAUCUCGCAAGUCGUGCCUUUUAUCGAAAGCAACAUCCGCAACGAAAACUGGAGAAAUCGUGAAGCAGCCGUCAUGGCCUUCGGCUCUAUCUUGGAUGGUCCUGAUGCAAAUGUGUUAACUCCUCUGGUUGAUCAAGCUUUGCCUACAUUGAUUCAAAUGAUGAGAGACAGUGUUGUCCAUGUGAAAGAUACUGUUGCUUGGACACUCGGUCGUAUCUGUGAGUUACUCAUUCACUGUAUCAAACCAGAUGUUCAUUUGAAUGAAUUGAUUGCUGCUCUUGUCUUUGGUCUUCAAGAUAGCCCUCGUAUCGUCGGCAACUGCUGCUGGUCUUUAAUGAAUUUGGCUGAACAAUUGGGACCUGUCUUGGGUGAUGAAGCGCCUACGUCUCCUCUCUCACUCUACUUUGACGGCAUCAUCACUGCUUUAUUACAAUUUACUGAAAGAGCUGAUAAUGAAGCCAACUGUAGAACCUCUGCUUAUGAAGCCAUUUCAACACUUGCCAUGUACUCUGCCAAUGAUUGCAUUCCUACGGUUCAAAGAAUUGUCCUGACUGUUUUAGAUCGAUUGGAGACCACGAUGGCUAUGGAAAACCAAAUUCUCGAUGCUGAUGACCGAGCCAACCACUCUGAAUUGCAAUCAAGCCUUUUGGGUGUCUUGACCAACUGCAUCCGUCGGUUGGGUGGCGAUAUCAGUGCCAUUGCCGAUCGUAUCAUGACUGUCAUUCUUCAAUUACUCAAUAAUCAGUCCAAGCAAGCGACGACUACUGAAGACGCCUUCUUGGCUGUUGGCGCAUUGACCAGUGCUCUCGAAAGCGGUUUUGCCCGCUAUGCUGAACCCUUUAUACCUAAUCUCUGUAAUGCCUUACAAAAUCCUGCUGAAUACCAAUUAUGUUUCAUUGCGGUGGGUAUCAUUGGCGAUGUCAGUCGUGCCCUUGGCAAAGAUGUCUACCCUUACUGCAACAAUCUCAUGCAGUUGCUCGUAUCUAACCUCCAGAGCCCUAUUCUUCACCGUACAGUCAAGCCUGCAAUCCUGUCUUGCUUUGGUGAUAUCGCAUUGGCAAUCGGUGAACUGUUCAACACAUAUUUGGAAGUUGUCAUGAUGGUCUUACAACAGGCAGGUAGUAUGCGAGCUGAUAAGGACAACUAUGACAUGCUGGACUACGUUCAUUCAUUAUAUGAAGGCGUUGUUGAAGCAUAUGUCGGCAUUGUUCAAGGAUUAAAUCAUACACCCUCUGCUCCUGCCUUACUGCCUUAUCUUCCUCCCGUCUUUGAGUUCAUUCAUGUCAUUGCCGCUGAUCCAACAAAGGGCGAUUCACUUACAAGAUCUAUCAUUGGGUUGUUGGGUGAUCUCGCUGAAACAUUUGGAUUACAACUAAAGGACUUUUUCUUACAAGACUGGAUCGCACAAUUGUUAAAGGAAGCUAGAACAAGCCGACACUGUGGACAGUCUACUAAAGAAACAGCACGCUGGGCUAAAGAGAUGAUCAAGCGUGCAACUCAAUAAUUAUAUAAAUACUUCUUUCUCACACUUUUUUUUUUCUUUUCUCUCUCUCUCACCUUUUAUAUAAUAUAGUGUUUAUUAUCACUUUUCUUCUUUUGUACUCAUAUACACACUUCUCCCCCUUUUUUAUUCCCCUUCAAUAUCAAAGCACAUAAAAAGACAUUGGUCUUCCCCUUUUUUUCUUUUUCCUCAAGUUUUGUUUUCCCUCUUCCCUUCUCCUCUCCCCUUUCCCUUUUUUUUUUCUCCCCUUGAUUUAACAGUGUUUUUUCAAUAAAUGUUGAGUGCGCACUGCAAAGAAAAUCACACAUACAUUGCAUUUUUG